UGCACGCCAGCGCUCUUCUUUCUCGUGCCUUGUCUAAACCACCAUAUAUACUCACACGAAACAUUCCUCUAGUAUCAGAAUCCUCCCUCCCUCGCUCUCUCUCUCUCUCUGUGAUCUCCCCCCUUUCUCUCCGCACAGACGCCUACAAACAACACACAAAACCUAGCUCAACUCUCUCUAAUAUGGAAGCUGGUGGAAUUCUAGAGCGUUUGAAGGAUAAGAACCUCCUGGUUACUGGGUGUACUGGCUUCUUAGCAAAGAUUUUUGUGGAGAAAGUGCUUAGGGUCCAACCCAAUGUUAAGAAGCUCUUCCUACUAGUAAGAGCCAUCGAUACCACGUCCGCCAUGCAUCGUGUGCAGACUGAGGUGAUAGGGAAGGAGUUAUUUAAGAUUUUGAAAGAAGGCCAUGGAAAUGGUUUUCAGUCAUUUAUUGCAGAGAAGCUGUUUCCUGUAGCAGGAGACAUCAUUCAUGAGAACCUAGGGAUAAGGGACUCUGAUCUCAUAGAAGAACUCCGGAAGAAAAUUGACAUCGUCGUCAAUGUUGCCGCAACCACCGCCUUCGAUGAGAGAUAUGAUGUGGCUUUGGAUAUCAACGUCAUUGGAGCUAAGCAUGUUUUGGAAUUUGCAAAGAAAUGUGUAAAACUUGAAAUGCUCCUCCAUGUUUCCUCUGCUUUUGUAGCUGGCAUGAAAGAAGGACUAAUAUUAGAGACGGCAUUCCGUAUGGGUGAAACACUCAAGGAGAACUCCUACUUGGACAUCGAAGCAGAGCUAAUGUUAGUAGAAGAAAAAAAGAGGGAACUCCGUGCCAACAGAUCAGUGGAGGAUGAUGAAACUACAGCCAUGAAGGAAAUGGGCAUGAAGAGGGCUAGGUUUUUUGGAUGGCCAAACACCUAUGUUUACACAAAGGCAUUGGGGGAGAUGUUGCUUGGGCACUUGAGAGGAGACUUGCCUCUUGUUAUACUGCGCCCAACUAUUAUAACAAGCAUUUACAAGGAACCACUGCCUGGUUGGAUUGAAGGAUCAAGGACCAUUGAUAUCCUGAUCAUUGGUUAUGCAAAGGGAAAGCUCUCAUGCUUUUUUGGAGAACCUGAAUUGAUUGCGGACCUGGUCCCUGGAGACAUGGUGGCGAAUGCUAUGAUUGUGACCAUGACAGCUCACCUAAAUCAGCGAUCAGAAUUCAUCUACCAUAUAAGCUCUGGGGUGAGCAAUCCAGUCACAUAUGCCACUCUGGAGCAAUGUGGGUUCCGUUACUUCCUCGAGAACCCUCGGGUAGGAAAAGAUGGAAGAACCAUAAAGACAAAGAGGCUUUCCAUCUUCAGAACAAUGUCCGGCUUCCAGACAUACGUGACCCUCCGAUACAGGCUGCCAUUGGAAGGACUGCGCCUGGUUAAUCUGGCAUUCUGUCGGUUGUUUGACAAACGUUACAAGGAGCUACGCCGGAAGUUUGAUUUUAUGAUGCAUCUUGUUGAUCUUUAUUCUCCAUACGCCUUCUUCAAGGGAUGCUUCGACGACAUCAACUUGGAAAGGCUAAGGAUGACCAUGAUGAAGGACAAUGUCGUGGCUACUUCGUUGAAUUUCGAUCCCAAGAGCAUCGACUGGAAGGACUACUUCUAUCGCGUUCACAUCCCGGGUGUGCUAAAAUAUGUGUGCAAGUAAACUGUCAUAAAAAUACCAAAUUACAUUGCAAGCGAAGCUCUAUAUCUUCGAUCUUUCCUCUUCUCCUUGUUAUCUAUUGCAACAAUAAAAGUUCAUGUCAUAGAAAUAUUUGUAGAUCAUCUUCUCCACUCUGACCAGAGAAGAAGAUGCUGUCGUAUUGUUAUUUUGUGAUACAUGCCAAGCCAUUUGAAGAUGUACAAGAUAUUUGUAGAACAUGUGUUGACUGAUAAUUCGCCCCAAGCAAAAAUAUGAACAAAUGAAGGAUUCAUGAAGCUCAA